AUUAUUGCCUGUCCUUUAAGUUUCAGUCCUAUUUAAAUGCAGACUUGUGUAAGCAGAAAGGAUACACUAGAGAAUUCAAAUCCAGAAGAAUCUAUGUACCAUGUGUAUUUCAUCAAAUGGACUCACCAAGUGUCUAAUAUUUCAAACCAUCUCUUCUAUGAGCAGUGACAUUUCUGCACUGAGUAAAGGAAUCUGUGGAUGAAGCUUGCGCACAAUGUUGUAGAGGAUAACCUCGGCGCCAGAGCUAAUUGGAGUGAUUUAUGUCACCCUUGAGCGCCUGCUACGUGUUCAUAUAACAGAAAAUGAAAUUUUCUAGCACAGGAGUUGCAUUUGGGGCUGGAGAGUGAAACAAGGGGAAGUUGUCUGCCAAAAGCACGUCUAAAAGUUUAUCAAGAAACGUUUUGAUGGAAAAAACUGUUCAAUAUUGUGACGGAAUCUUGAUCAUCUUAAGGGAAUACUGUGAGUCUGUUUAAUUGUGCUGGCCCAGCGGUCCAGGACAGUGAUCACUCACUUAUUUUGAAGUGCCAAGAGCCACCACUUAGACCAACAAUUUAACAAUCUAAGGAAAAGUGGCACUACAUUUAAAGGAUGAUUGACUUGCGUUAAGAAACCUCAAAAUCCCUUCCAUUUAGUCAGCAAUUUAACUCCUGCAUCAUCAACUUUUUUUUUUUUUUUUCCUCAUGCGCUUUUAUUUUUCUGCUCAUCAAAUUUAGAUUUACCACAACCUAUUUUAAAGAGGACCGAUUGGUCAUUAUUGAACUUGUUGCACAUUGAUAAAGGUUGCAGCCCAGAGGAUCACAAAAGCUGCCUGAACGCCGUUGAGUGUUUCCAAACGUAUGAUCUCUCCACAGUAGGUCUUGGUGUGAGAAGAAAAUGAUGAUUGAUGACAAACAGGCUUUAGACAGCAGACACUCAUCACUUUGCCUGAAAUUCUGAUUUAUCAACCUGUCAGGCAAUCUCUCAUGAGCCCUGAACACCCCUCAUCCCUUUAGGUUAUCAGUUUAAGACCCUCUACUGCUUGCAGAAAUCAGAGAACUUGCAGACUGACGUAACGCAGUAAGACAAAAAACCAGCACCCCCAAAGCAAUUAUCAAAAAGCAUUACAGAUUAUGCUGGGACAGGGCCAAAGCCCUUGAUUCAAUACAAGUUGGAUUAUUUUUUAAAAUCACCUGGGAUAACAUUUAAAAAGAAAAAAGAAUAGAGAGAAAACAAACAAAAAAAAAAAAAUUUCAAGAGACCAUCAAAGGACAAGAUAAUGCAUUUCCCUGGUUUGUUGUCACUGCAGGCCCUUUGGGUGGCUCUGUCGCAUGCCAUGCAGCACUACCCUUCUGUUUGGGGACAUUAUGACGUUUGCAAAUCUCAGAUUUAUUCCGAUGAAGGCAUAAACUGGGAUUACAUGGCCUGUCAACCGGAGGCGACUGACAUGACCAAAUACCUCAAAGUGAAGCUCGACCCCACUGGCAUCACUUGUGGAGACCCACCCGAGACGUACUGCGCUUUGGAGAAUCCCUACAUGUGCAAUAACGAGUGUGACGCUAACACACCAGAGCUAGCACACCCGCCAGAGCUGAUGUUCGAUUUUGAAGGCAGGAACCCAACAACUUUUUGGCAGUCAUCCUCCUGGAAGAAAUACCCAAAGCCCCUGUUGGUCAACAUCACUCUGUCUUGGAACAAGACCAUUGAACUUACAGAUGAUAUACUGAUAACAUUCGAGUCCGGACGUCCAGAGCAGAUGGUUCUUGAGAAGUCCCUGGACUUCGGCCGAUCCUGGCAGCCAUACCAGUUUUACGCUACAGACUGCUUAGACGCUUUUACAAUGGAGCCCAAAACAGUCCACGAUCUCACUCAGCACACCCUGCUGGAUAUCAUUUGUACGGAAGAAUACUCCAGAGGAUACGUCUGGAAAUAUGAUAAAACAGUUCGCUUUGAGAUAAAAGAUAGAUUUGCGCUUUUCGCUGGACCUCGGCUUCACAAUAUGGCCUCCCUCUAUGGACAGCUUGACACAACCAAGAACUUGAGAGACUUCUUCACAAUCACAGACCUCAGGAUAAAACUGCUGAGGCCAGCGACAGGAGCAACAACUGUGGACGAGGACAACUUGUCAAGAUACUUCUAUGCUAUCUCUGACAUAAAGAUACAAGGAAGGUGCAAGUGUAACCUUCAUGCCAACACCUGUGUUUUUGACGGCGGAAAACUGUCUUGCGAGUGUGAGCACAACACCACAGGUCCAGACUGUGGGAGAUGUAAGAAAACUUACCAGGGCCGUGCUUGGACUGUUGGCUCUUACCUGCCAAUUCCAAAGGGAACUGCGAAUAUCUGUAUUCCCAAUAACCCUGGUCCAGUUAACUGCGAAUGCUUCGGCCACUCCAACCGGUGCAGUUACAUCGAGCUGCUAAACACAGUCAUUUGCGUCAGCUGUAAACACAACACUAGAGGGCAGCACUGUCAGUUAUGCAGGCUCGGCUACUACAGAAAUGCCUCAGCAGAGCUGGACGAUGAAAAUGUUUGCAUAGACUGUAAAUGUAAUCCCUUUGGCUCAGACAAUGUUCGCUGUAAUGGCACAGGAUUUUGUGAAUGUAAGAAAGGAACAACAGGGCCUAAAUGUGAUGAUUGUCUGCCGGGAUAUUUAUGGCACAAUGGCUGCCAACCCCGUGUGUGUGACAACGAGCUCCUGCGGUGUCAGAAUGGGGGAGUGUGCCAUAACCACCAGCGCUGCCAGUGCCCUGCCUCAUACACUGGCAUUCUGUGCGAGAAGCAGAAAUGUGAGAACGGAGGCUGUGACGACUCAAACUCUGGCCAGGGAGCUCUAUCUGCUUCCAACUGCCCAGUGCUAUUGCUGCUGCUACUGCUCCUGACUGCCCUGCUACAAGGGAUUAGUUGUCACCCGACACUUUAAAAAACAUUAAAAAAAAAAAGCUUAUAAGCAAUCCACUGGCUUUAUGAUCAGGCUGUGUUAAGGAAUGUGCCAGAGCAAAAAUUUAAAUAAUAAAAAAACAAGAAGUGACAAAAAUAACAAACUGAGCAAUUGCUUCAUAAAGCUGACAAGAAUAUGAAGGCCAGUGAAGUAAGCCAUAACUAUUCUCCUGGAGAGGGUCUGGAGUCCAUAGACUGUUUUUCUUCAGCCUCACCAAGGUAAUGGCAGCUGCACUUGUUAUUGCAAUCACAAAGCUGCAUAGGCUACAUUGGGUUGCUUCAGAGAAUUGUGAGACAGAUUGCUAUUGGCUAGUCUGAUGCAGCGCAAUAUAUAACUGUCCAGUGUGUGUGUUUGUGUGGACCAACCAGACAGGCAUUCUUUGCUGUCAGUGCAUUGUGGAUAUCAGGAAAUCCAUUUGGACUGCCAUGUUGGAUCCUCUACAGUCGCAAAACUCUGUAUAAUCUCUGCUUUUGUGAACGUUGCUCUGUAACUCUUGUUGGUUGAAAGAUUUUUUUUGUCUGAUGUUAGUGAUGCACAUGUGUAAUAGCCCCCCUAAAAGUCAAGCCAAUCAUGUCCUUGUAUAUCUUACAGAAGCAUUAGAUCAGUAUGAUCUUAGUGUUCACCUGAAAAGAAAAGUGGUUAUAGAAACAUCAGUAUAUUUAUCCUUUUAUAUAAAAUUAUUUAUUAGAAGUUAUUUUCAUGAAAAAAAUGAAUAUGUAGAUUUUUCUUUUGUAUUAUUGCCAUUUUGUGUUAAAGGCAACAUGUUAAUAUAAUUAUUCCUGAGAAAAGAUGUUUUAUUCAUUAUUAUUUAAUU